AUGCCUAUGCCUUCAACUGGUAUCAUUAUGCUUUGGCUGCUCUCGGGCAUUGCCAUCAUUAACUCUUGUGUUAAUGGUUAUGAUGGUUCUAUGAUGAAUGGGAUGCAAUCGCUCGCUCAAUGGCAAAGCUACUUCAACACGCCAGAUGGCCCCACCUUAGGUCUACUCAAUGCUAUUUUUAAUGCCGGGGGUACUGUCGGUGUCUUCUUUGCUCCAUACGUCACAGACAAAUUGGGAAGACGGCUUGGUAUCGCGAUUGGAUCCGUUAUUAUCCUCAUUGGCGUCAUCUUGCAGUCUGCGGCUCAGAACAUCCACCAGUUCAUCGGUGGUCGCUUCGUCAUUGGUUACGGGCUCGCAAUCUCAGGGAAUGCGGCGCCAAUCCUUGUCGCUGAACUCGCACAUCCCCACUUCCGUGGCACGAUCACUGGUCUUUACAACACCCAGUGGGCGCUCGGAUCCAUCAUCGCCGCCUGGGUCACGUUCGGCACUUUCUCCAUCAACGGCCAAGCAGCAUGGCGCAUUCCUUCGGCUGUCCAAGCCGCUCCUUCCGUAAUCCUCCUCAUCUUCCUUCCAUUCAUGCCCGAGUCUCCUAGGUGGCUCGUCGAUAAGGGCAAGUCCGACAAAGCCCGUGCUAUCCUUGGCAAGUUGCAUGGUAAUGGCAAUAUCAAUGACCCGUUGGUCAACCUUGAGAUGGAGGAAAUCGAAGAGGCCAUCAAUUUUGAACGCCAAAAUGAGAAAGCCAGCUACCUUGAGCUGGUCGCCACGCCUGGAAACCGCUAUCGCAUGUUCCUUGGUAUCACCGUCGGCCUGUUCUCCCAGUGGUCCGGCAACGGUCUUAUCAGCUAUUACCUUUUCAAAGUGCUGGACAACAUCGGCAUUACUGAUUCCAAGACUCAGCUGCUGAUAAACGGCGGACUGUCCAUCUACUCCUGGAUCUUGGCCAACACUGGCGCUUUCAUCACCGACCGCGUGAACCGUCGUCCACAGUUCCUUACCGCAACUAUCGGGAUGAUGGCUUCCUUCGCUGCUCUCACUGCUGCGACUGGUGUGUACAACGAGAACGGCAACAACGCUGCUGGCAUUGCUGUCAUUGUCUUGAUCUUCGUCUACAGCGCUGCCUACUCGCUCGCCUGGACAGCACUUACGGUACUGUACCCGACCGAGAUCAUGCCAUACAACAUUCGUGCGAAAGGCCUCGCUGUCUCAUCCCUCGCCGUCAACCUUGCCCUCUUCUUCAACAGCUACGUCAACCCCAUCGGCCUGGACAACAUCGGUUGGAAGUACUAUUUCGUCUACGUGGCUUGGCUGCCAAUCGAGGUCGUCACCAUCUUCUUCUUCUACAAGGAGACUAAGGGUCGGACGCUCGAGGAGCUCGCUGUCAUCUUUGACGGCGAGGUUGCUGCUGUUGCAGGGAAUACUGACGCGGUCACACAUCCUGACGCAGAGAAGGCGUACAUUGAGCAAGCGGAGAAGGUGUCCUCGGAGGAACAGUUCGAGACGUCGUCUACGGCGGCAAAGUAGAGAGACGAUCGUCGGGACUCCAUCCGAUGCUACGUAGCGUGUAGGUUGGAAGGUCGUGGAUUGUAUGUUAUCACAGCUCCCUAUCCAUCAUCGUCUUGAAAAGACAAGAGUCCUUUCUUCUCCUUUUUCGGUUUCUUGCUCGACUUCCCGGGUUUCUCGUCCGCAGUAGGGCCCUCAUCGUCUGCACCGAUAGUUUUCCGCUUCUUCGCAGCCGCCCCUAAACCUCCUGAUGCCUUCUUAGAAGAGGAGAAGUUCAUCGUAAGGUUCUCCUUGAUAGGUUUGGCCUUCUCAGGUGGAGCAGAAGAUCCCAGAGCCAGUUCAGCACGCUGGCUCUUGGGUAGUGGAGGCAGGCCCUUUGCAGCUCUAUGCUCAUUCUCCACCUCUUCUGCACUUAGGUGCUUGCCCUGCUUGAGCACAACAAUCUGCGGUGCAUCGUCACCCUCUUCAUCCUGCUCCUUCCCAUCUUCCCG